AGCCUCACAGGCCGGCUGCCUGUUCACCCGGCCAGUCGGUCGGUCUGGGCACUGCAGCACUUGACUGGGAGAAAAGUGGUGUCCUCACCCAGAGUCUCUCUUUCUACCUACCUUCCUUCUCUCGGUCUCUGUUUGCUUUGUGUGUGUGUGUGUUUUUUUUUUUUUUUCUUUUUUCUUUCACUUAAUUAUAUUCCUAAUCCUGGAUGAAGUUGCUGGAUUCUGCAGCACAAGUCUUCAUGAACAAGCGGCACCGCUCAGAGAUUUCACGGCAUUCAAAGGUCACAGAACUGCCACUAUGGUUAAAUGUCUUGUUUAAUGGUUGAGAGGUGUGGCGAAAUCUUGUUUGAGAACCCUGACCAGAAUGCCAAAUGUGUUUGCAUGCUAGGAGAUGUACGACUAAGGGGUCAGACGGGGGUUCCUGCUGAACGCCGUGGCUCCUACCCAUUCAUUGACUUCCGCCUACUUAACAAUACAACACACUCAGGGGAAAUUGGCACCAAGAAAAAGGUGAAACGACUGUUAAGUUUCCAAAGAUACUUCCAUGCAUCGAGGCUGCUUCGUGGAAUCAUACCACAAGCCCCCCUCCACCUGCUGGAUGAAGACUACCUUGGACAAGCACGGCAUAUGCUCUCCAAAGUGGGAAUGUGGGACUUUGACAUUUUCUUGUUUGAUCGCUUGACAAAUGGAAACAGCCUGGUAACACUGCUGUGCCACCUCUUCAACACCCAUGGACUCAUUCACCAUUUCAAGUUGGACAUGGUGACUUUACACAGGUUUUUAGUCAUGGUUCAAGAGGAUUACCACGGCCAAAACCCGUAUCACAAUGCUGUUCAUGCAGCUGAUGUCACCCAGGCCAUGCACUGCUACCUGAAAGAGCCAAAGUUGGCCAGCUUCCUCACACCUCUGGACAUCAUGCUUGGACUACUUGCUGCAGCAGCACAUGAUGUUGACCACCCAGGGGUGAACCAGCCAUUUUUGAUCAAAACUAACCACCAUCUUGCCAACCUGUAUCAGAAUAUGUCUGUGCUGGAGAAUCACCACUGGCGAUCUACAAUUGGCAUGCUUCGAGAAUCAAGGCUUCUUGCUCACUUGCCAAAGGAAAUGACACAGGAUAUUGAACAGCAGCUGGGCUCCCUGAUCUUGGCAACAGACAUCAACAGGCAGAAUGAAUUUCUGACCCGAUUGAAAACUCACCUCCACAAUAAAGACUUAAGGCUGGAGGAUGCUCACGACAGACACUUUAUGCUUCAGAUCGCCUUGAAGUGUGCUGACAUUUGCAAUCCUUGUAGAAUCUGGGAGAUGAGCAAGCAGUGGAGUGAAAGGGUCUGUGAAGAAUUCUACAGGCAAGGUGACCUUGAACAGAAAUUUGAACUGGAAAUCAGUCCUCUUUGUAAUCAACAGAAAGAUUCAAUCCCUAGUAUACAGAUUGGUUUCAUGACCUACAUCGUGGAGCCACUGUUCCGGGAGUGGGCGCGCUUCACAGGAAACAGCUCCCUGUCGGAGAACAUGCUAAGCCACCUCGCACACAACAAGGCCCAGUGGAAGAGCUUGUUGUCCAAGCAGCACAGACGCAGGGGCAGCACAGACCACGCGGGCCCUGGGACUGAGAAGGAGGAGCAGACUGUGGCGGAGGGCGACACGCCCUAGUGCCGCCUGCCCUGGUCCUGCGCCGCGGAGGACGACGCGAUCCUGCGUCCCUAACCUGGGUGGCCUCGGGGCUCCCUUGAUUGCCUCUUUGCUCCCACUGCCUGCCUCCCUCCUUUUUCCAAGUGUACAGAAGCCAUUUUUCACCUAGCAUUAGCUGCCGAAAAGAAGCAACUCCAUUCAAGAAAGUGGGAGCGGAUUCCAGGGGCAGUCGUCCCCCAAGGAGAAGACUGGGAGGAAGCCGUGCCUCUGCCACGUUCCCCACUGGCCCUGGGUCGCACUGUGACAGGCAGCUCCUGAGACCCGAGUAUCUUAGGGUUUGCCAUCUGCAGGACAAAAACACCAGCAUAUUUGGAACUCCAAGGAUAUUGGUCUUAAGUGCAAGAGCACAAAUAAGAGCGUGAAAGAAAGUACCUUCUAUUUUAAUAAUAAUUAUUAUUAUAAGAAUAAUAAUAAAUCUUUUUAACUUUUAUAUUUUAUGCACUAGACAAGGGAUCUAAAACUUUGGACUAAGAUUACUCAGUGUACCCAAACUUGAACAGGGGUUCAUUGUUUUGUUACUGACUUUAUGCCACUUUGGGUCAGAAAUUUGGCAUCUUCUCAAUUUAAGAAACCGCGUUUCCUAUCUGAUCUGGGGGAAGGUGCUGUACAGUUCAUUCCUUUGCACCGUUAGCCAAUCUGUCUUUUAUGGAUUCAGUGACCUGUUUAUAUUCAUACAUGUACAUUUUCUGUAAAUACCAAGCGCUACUGAUUCCCAUGCCAAAAUACAUGAGUAUUAUGGGAUUGCUACCUGUAUAAACAAUGGCACUGUGAACAGAAUAUUGUUAGUUUUAAUACAUGAGAAUGCAUUUGUAAAUAUGAUAUAGAGUUUAUUAAUAUACUAUUGUUUGCAGAUAAAGGCCUUAACUUUAAA